GACCAAUCAGAGAACGACUUGAGAAUGGAAACCCGUCGGUCGCUAGCCAGCAGUUGGAAAUCAAGCUGUAAAUUCGGGGCAAUUUAUUUGAUGUAAACAUGAAGGAAUCAGCUGAUCAAUCAACUCAAAGUGGCGAUGAAAUUCUCAAGAAUUUUUUCUCCGGAGGUAUGGCUGGAUGUUGUGCCAAGACUGUUAUUGCUCCACUGGACAGGGUCAAAAUCUUACUACAGGCAAGACAUAAACACUUCCAGCACUUGGGUGUGUGGUCCUCAAUAAAUGAGGUAGUGGAACAUGAGGGAUACCGGGCUCUCUAUAAAGGCAAUGGAGCGAUGAUGGUCAGGAUAUUCCCAUAUGGGGCAAUCCAGUUUAUGACGUAUGAAUGGUGUAAGAAGAAAACUAAAAUGAAGCUGUUAUCUGGAUCAUUGGCAGGGUUAGCAGCUGUUAUCUGUACCUAUCCCUUGGACAUGAUAAGGGCUCGGCUGGCAUAUCAAAGUAGAGGAGAGAGGAAGUAUCAAGGGAUCAUCCAUACCUUCUACACAAUAUGGCAUCAUGAGGGUCACUUCAAGGCUCUGUACAGGGGAGUAACUCCAACACUCAUAGGAAUGAUUCCAUACGCAGGUGCUGCUUUCUACACAUAUGAGACAACCAAGAUCUUCCUACUGACGAAAGGUCCUCCGCAAUUCUCCAAACCUAUACCGAACAACCCCAGUGAGAGAAUGCUUAUCAUCCCAGCAAACCUCUGCGUCGGGGGCAUAGCAGGUGCAAUAGCUCAGACCAUCACCUAUCCUCUGGACAUGGUGAGAAGAAUAAUGCAGUUGGGUCAUAUGGUGCCAAACUCAUCAGAUCGCAUCCUACAGAACCUGAAGACUGUCUAUGGGGAGCACGGAUUCCUAGGACUCUACCGAGGUCUUAGCAUCAACUACAUCAGGGCAAUACCAGCAGCUGCAAUAUCCUUCACUGUCUUCGAGAAGAUGAAGGCCUUCCUCAACACCACAUUCCCUCCUGCUUCUAGAGCCAAGUCAUGACGAUUGCCCCUACGUGGAGCGUCGUCCUUGUCACGCCAACGGCUACUUUGUCUUUGAAGAAGCGAAGGAGGCACGGCUCCCUGCAUGAGGUCAUGAUUAAUAUGACUUUGAUGAUACAAAUGUGGUCCCUGCACGAUAUUUCUUUGUCGUUGAAAAGAUGAAGGUGGACCAGCUUGUAACACCUAGGUACUGACAGUUGUAAUACAAUGACUUUGAACACACAAACAGACAGUGGGGAAGUUGUUACUGAGGACAGGUUUAGGAAUUAUGUAUAGCAAGUUUAAUCUUUAUGCAGUAUUCAGGAAUAUAUGAUCUGUAUUUCCUAUUUUUUUAAAGUCUUUCUGUCUAAUUUUCAUCUCUCUCUUUCUAUCAAUAACUCCCAUGAUAUUUAUGGGGUUUGUGAAUUUCCUCCUGUGUUCCUACACAUAUAUAUAUCGAAACUUGUCAAGGUUGGGAUUGAACGAAAAUAUGAAAGUUACACUUUUAUGUAUUCAGCUUGCGUAAUGAUACAUAUUGCUAAAAGUUUAGCUUGCUUAAUGAUGCAUAUUGCUCAAAUAUGCAGGCUUGCCUAGGGAUACAGAAUAAAGCUUAAAAUGUGAUAAUGACAACUCAAAGCGCAAAUGCCUGCGAUAGUUAAUUUUUACAAGUUUCAACAUUUUCAAACUGUCCUUAUGAAGAAUAAUAUAAUAUAAUAAUAACAACGCGUCUCGGAAUAGAAUAUUUCAAGAUAGAUGGCUCUAUAUAAAUGCCUAUUAUUAUUAUUAAUAAAGUAAAUUUGCCUCUUUUUCAUUCAAGCACGACUUACCUCGCUUUAAAAAAAAGCUUGAGAUUCUAAGAAUUGCACUGUUGCUCUCAUUACACUUGCAGUCACAAAACCUGCAGCAAUUGCCAUUUGCUGCAUUCAGAUUCCUGUUCGCCCGUCAAUUGCAUUGUAUGGUAGCUGAUUAUGAAUAGAUAUGCAAUAGCAUGUCUUAUACCCUGAAAAUGUGCCAUCCUUACGGGGAUCAGGUAAAUUCUACAUAGCAGUAAUUCCCAGCAGCAUAUAGGUAAAGGCGGAACAUGUGAUAUGCCACCAAAGUUUCAACUCUGGGAUUUACAUACAAUAGUGGUAUCAGUCUGCGACUUUGGCUCAAGAGUUUUGUACCUUGGGGCCUUUUCAUAAACCUGUUUAUUUUUUUCAUUGAUGUUGGAAUAAUUGAAUGACUGGUCCCUGUUCUUUUGCUGCACUGGAUACCUUUAAUUUAUUAGUUUUAAAUGUUCUCUGUAAAUGUACAUUUUUUAUUUUUUAUUAUCUGAAUAUGAUAAAAGUAACAGGUAUGGAUCCAUGGAUUUUUAAUUGGUGCCAUUUGUCAUGUAGAAAAGAAAAUUUAUUGAAGCAUUAUUUAUUUUAGAUAAAACAAAUUUUUAUCUUUUCACAAUCAAUUUGGUUUUUACCUUGUGUGAAGAUGAAAAUUUGUUUUAUUUCAGUUCAACCAAUCAGAUGAAUAUCUUUAUGGACAUUAUUUAUUCUGUUUUUAUCCUGACAGCCUCAUAGUAAGAACUGUUAUAGCCAAACUAUUGCCUUUUUAUUAUGAUAAAAGAAAUCAAAGUAUGAAAGGGCAAUAGGAGAUACUGUUUUAAAAAUACAUAUUCAUUACAACUUUAAUAUUUUUAUAAUGAAUGCCAAAUGUUAGUUCUUAUUGAAUCUUUGUAAUUGUAUCAUACAAUUUUCUAUUGAUUCAUGGUAGAAUAUUUGAAGAUCAAUACCAGUUUAAUAUGGUAAUGACCUCGAACAGAUUCCAACAAAAUGUCCAGCCAAGUGUUUGUAUGUAUAAAUAACAAAUAUGUGCCAAUUGGCUCUGAAAAAAUAUGUGAUUGCUGAGGAAUGAGCAAAAUAAGCAUGGAAUUCCAUAAAAUGUUGGGUAUUUUUCCAAGCAAUAUUAAUACACUGUCCCACAUAUGCCUUUUGGUGUUAGUCAUCAUAAGAAUUAUCACUUUCAGCUAAGAUUGCGUGAUUUCACAAAGAUGAGUUGAUUUCAAUGUACCAGAUCUCGAUCUAUGAUAAUAUGGUGGUAAUUAACAUUCGUUUUAAAGGUUUUCUCAUGAAAUAAUCGUUUGCUGCAAUUACUUUCUUUCACCUUUAAGCUUCUUUAUCUUUUUCUGACCAGAUUUACCUGUUACUUGGUUCAAAUGUGUCUGAAAAGGUGUUCUCUACAGGAGCAUUUUGUGGAAAGUUUUUCAGUGAUUUUCAGCUCCUGAAAGCUCUUGCAAAUCCUUGCAUCUAAUCAAUUGGAUGAGAGCAAAUUUGUAAGGAGAAACCUUUCUGACAAAUCUUUUAUGAAAUACUUUCUUGGAUUUAUCACCAGACUCUGAGAACUGCUAUAAUUUAAAUAUUAUUAUUAUUAACUAUAUUUAAAUUCAAUUUAAUUUCAAUUAACAAGAUAAUGAUGCAUUAUGAUCUGAAAUGCUAGCCAAUUAAUUAUGUAUUUGAUAUACAUGUAUGUGCUACGGAGGGUGCGUGUGUGUGUGUGUGUAUGAUAAUUUUACUGUCAUAAGAUAAUGUUAUUGUAGAGCACUCAAGUACUAAACUCAUCUUUAUUUUGGGGAUUGUGUGGGGUGAAGUGUGUGAUACAUGUAAUGUAUGUUUGUAUGACUUGGAAAUGUCAUUGUGGUUAUUAAUAUUUUACUGAACAUAAUCUUUUUACCCUGUUAUUGUCCCUUUCCCCUUUCUUUGACAUGUGUAUUCUCAACUAUUAAAAAUGAAAUGAAUUGUCAGUCGGCCUUUGAUGGUGAUAUCUGGCUAUGGAUUGUAUUAUCUAUUCUUUAUAUGAUGCAUAAUAUUGAUGAAAGUUCCCAGUGUUCCUCAAUUCAAUCUCAAUCUUGAUAUACUGCAAUCUAUAACUAAACUUUAUCAGGUUCUUGCAAUGACUAAUGUUUAAACUUGGGAGUAUUUCUUGAAAGGAAUAAUUAAUGAUUAGUUAGUGAUUUCCAUUGACUAUUUGCUAAAAGCUACUGAAACCCUCGCACCUGAUUGGCUCAGAGCAGAAAUGCUCCCAGGGUUCCGUGUCAUAAAAAAUUGUUAUAAUGAAAAAUGCAUGAUAUUUUGUAUAACAUGUUCACUAUCAGCCUUCAAAUCGAAUGAUUUCAGUAGCAGGAAACUAUUAUUGCAUAUUCGUUAGUACAGUGUAUACAAGUUUUAUGAAUAUAGCCCCAGAUUUAACAUCAGAUACAUAAUCCGUCUUGUAAAUCAUAUUUUAAAGAUUGAUUUUAUGCUCAUCAUUUUUGUCAGGAUUUGUUUUUAUAUUAAUUUAUUCACCAAAGAAUACUUUGCAGAGGAAUUUCUUGAAAAUUGCAUUUUGGUGUAAAUGGGUGUAGUUUUUUUAUUGUUAUCUAAGAUGAUACAAUUAUGUAAUGAUGUACAUAUAUGAAACCAUAUUUAAAUGCAAUGUCUCAAUAAGCUGUCAUAUAUGUGAAUAAUGAAAAAUUAUAUUUAACAUGACUUCA